GCUUUCUUUGCUUGAUUAAAUCAUGCGAAAAGCAAUGAGAAAUUUUACGCACGAUACGCCACACGUUUUAGCGCACAGAGUUGCCAGAUGGCGCAGGACUGCAGUACAGCUGAUGCAAUAGAUAUCGAAUGCGAGCAUUGUCUGGGCAAGGGGCCAAGACUCGAUUUGGAGGCAAACAUUAUGAAAAAUUCGAAAGGAAAAGCACGUCGAAAGGUCGAGAAGCAAAUCGAACGCCCGGACUCUUCACAAGUGGCACGGGAAAAGCAAAUAAUGGAAUUAAUGCACGAGUACAACAAUUUGAAGGAUGCGACCCAGACAGUAGUCGAGCAGUUGGCUGCAUUGAAGGAUAUUUCCAUCAAAUCAGCACAUGAAAUGUACAACUUGCCUAACAGUGAAUGAAAAAUAAAAUGUUCUCGGGUUCAUUUAUGUA